AUUUUUUCAAAAUAUUUAAAUUAUUUUCCAGUUUAGCGCUGAUAGGAAAUCAUUUUGAUUUUGAAUUUAUUAGUUUGUUUUGUGCCUUUUGGAACGGGUGUUUUCAGUGAACGAAAAAUCUAAAGUGCUGAUAAUGACUGAUGUACCCCAGAUUAUUGAACUCGAUAAAGUGAUCGAGCCUCAUUUAGACGGCGGAAAAUUGCUGACAUAUAAUAGUCGUUAUCUUACAAAACCUGGCGACAAUUAUGGCAGUGUAUUACUGGCCAUUAAUGCUAAAAUACAAACUAAAUGUGGAACUAUCAAAGAAUUACCCUUAAUUGCGAAACUACCACCGAUAACUAACGAACUGUUGUGGCAAAUGUUUCAACCAGAACGCACCUGUUUAACAGAAAAUGCGGUUUAUACUUAUCUAAGUCCAGCUCUAAAGGAAUUACAAAUAGAAGCGGGUAUACAUGAAUCAAUGCUGUAUGAUGGUUUAUCAAAAUAUUACGGUUCCAGAAUAUCAUUGGAUCCGAAAGCGACAAAAGUGGAUACAAAUGCGGUAUUGGUACAAGAAAAUCUACAAACAUUAGGAUUUCGGGCAGGAAAUCGUCAUAAAAUGUUCGAUUUGCAACAUGCUAGAGUUAUUUUACCACAAGUAGCACAAUUCCAUGCCUUAGCCAUAGCAUUGCGUAUGAAAAAGCCCGAAGAUUUCAAUAAGAAUAUAAGACCGAAUUUUCGUAGAUUCGAUGUUAAUAACGGGAUGAGUGAAGAGGCAAAAUUGCAAUUUGAACAAGAGCUAUUGGAUGAUGUGGUAGCGGCCACCGGAAAUGAUGAAAUUAUUUUACAAAGAGUUAGAGAAUUGAUAAAUGAAUAUAAUAAUUUAAUGAGUUCACCCGAUAAGGAAGAUGAUUUGUAUACAACUAUAGUACAUUUUGAUAUGUGGAUUAAUAAUUUAAUGAUUAAAUAUGAUGAGAACAAUUUACCAUGUCAAGUCAAAAUCAUAGAUUUCCAGAUGGCCGAAUAUGAGAGUCUAGUUUACGAUGUUAUAUUCUUUAUGUUUUCAAGUCUGGAAAUUGAAGUUUUGGAACAUUAUACUAACGAGCUUUUCUUACUGUAUUAUAAUUCAUUAAUUAAAUGUUUAAAUUCCGUGGGUAUCUCUACGAAGCCAUAUUCUUUUGAAAGUUUCUUAUCAGAAAUUCACAAAUAUGCUCCGGUAGCCAUUUGUCUUGUACUCUUUAUGAUACGCAUUAUUUUGGCAGAUGAUAGCAUAAUGCCGGAUAAUUUCAACGAUGUGAAUAUGGAGGUUUUAUCGAAGAACGGUAAUCAAACGGUAACCCGACGUACGGCUGAUGUCAUACGUUUGGCACAAAAAUACGAUUUUUUCUUUAGAGAUUAAUUUUAAAUAGUACUUUUUUUGAACUUAAACAGUAUUAUUUAACAAAUGUAUGUAAUUAAUUGUUGUUAAUGUGUGAAAUUUAAUAUUUAAUGUAAAU